UCUUAGACCCGAACCUAAGAAGAUAUUGUAUAGAUACAUGGAGAAAUUAUCUUUGGGUUUCUUAGAAUCAAAGCAACAGUAAAAAAAAAAACAUAUCUUUGGGUAUAAACAGCCUCCACCGAGUUGAAUUCCUAAACUUUGAACCUUUUUUUUUUGUUUUUUCCUUAUGAAAACAUGUGAACUGCACAGAUCCUGUUGUUGUACCUGCACUUUCCCUAUCCAAAAUGAACACAAACGUGUCAGCCUACAGACAGCACCAAAAGCGGAGCCUCCAACAUGUGAAGUACACAAAGUCGGGCAAUAUGGCAACACGAUUCCUCUCAAUGAUCCAUUCAAAUAAGACGUGUUCCCACACAUCUGAACACCUCCAAAUUUAUUAUUCAAUUUCUUUGUCUUCUCAUCCCUUCAUUCAUUCCUUCUCUCUUACUUAAUAAAUCCAUGAUUUCAUUCCUUGAAUCCUCAAGGAACUCUCUUGGCAACUUCCAAAAUGUUAUUCUUAAUCCAACCCUCUCUCUCUUUUGAUUAUACUUAACCAUGGUUAGUUGUUGUAAAGGUCGCAAAUUUAUGAAAUUUAUGUGAGGUAUAAUAUGAUAUUGUUCCCUUUGAGUAUAAAUUCUCGUAGCUUUGCUUUGGACUUCUCCAAAAGGCAUCAACGUGGGACCCCCUUCCAACGAUUCUUAAUCGGGGUGACGUUGCCUGGAUGGGGUUGACCAACAGGCCCAUCCAUGCAUGGAAUGAAAAUGACAAGAAUAGCCUUGUCAAAGCUUCUACGAAGGCGAGGUGCAAUUGCCAAUGGCAGUCCGGUUGGGCAACCAGAGAGAGAGAGAGAGAGUCUUUUCUGUCGCUGCGCUGUCAUAUGCUGAACCGAUCGCAUCUCUCCAUAUCCCAUAUCCCAAUUUCUCCGUAUUUUCUUCUUUUCAUCUUAUAAAUUGCAUUUCCUCUGCACCCAAUUUCACAAUUCAAACCUCUCUGCUCUGUUUAAUUGAGCUCAAAUGGCGAGAAAGGGUGGUGGUGGUGGUGGUUUCCACGAUCUGCUGCCGGUAAUGGCGGAGAAAUUGGGAGGAGAAGGGCUGAUAAACGAGCUCUGUAAUGGGUUUCAGAUGCUGAUGGACAAAGAGAAGGGCGUGAUCACUUUAGAGAGCCUUAGGACAAACUCUUCCCUUUUGGGUUUGUGGGAUAUGGGAGAGGAAGAGCUUGUGAGCAUGAUGAGGGAAGGGGACUUGGAUGGCGAUGGCGCUUUGAAUCAAAUGGAGUUUUGCGUUUUGAUGUUCAGAUUAAGCCCUGAAUUGAUGGAAGAGUCUCUGUAUUGGCUUGAUGACGCUUUGGAAAAGGAGUUUAAAGCAUCUUGAUGCCUUCUCCUUACCAACAAGAACAAGAACAAGAACAAACCACACCACGGCGGCCGGCCGCCAUGUCUGGUGAGGAACAGGAAGCUUCUGGGUUUCCCAUUUUCAUGUCAAGUGUCUGUCGGUGUGGUGUAUUCUAUAUCGAUUACUCCAAAAUAGAAAUGAAUAAAGACAUGGCCAAGUGUUUGUUCUA